AUGCCGUACAAGUCACCAUACCCCGACCUGGAGAUACCAAAAUGCAACGUCCUCUCAUUUGUGUUCCCAGAGGGCGAAAAGCCGUCGAACAAGCCACUAUGGAUCGACGCCGCCAAUCCGGACCACUCGUUGAGUCCGGCACAAAUGCUUUCCUGGGUCAAGCGCUUUGCGGUUGGCCUCGAUAACCUGCAGAUACCGAAGGAGAAGGCGAUCAUGGUGUUUACACCCAAUCACCUCUAUGUUCCCAUCGUAUAUCUCGCCAGCGGCGGCUCCGGCCGCAUCUUCACGGGCGCCAAUCCGACAUAUACUGUGAACGAAGUAGCUCAUCAGAUGGGCGCCAUCGAAGCAGCUCUUCUCUUCGUUCAUCCGGAUUUGCUCCAGACCGCGGUCAAGGCAGCGAAACAGGCCAACUUCCCACUUUCUCACGUCUACCAAUUCUCUGAGACUGAACAGCCCACGACCUCAGAUGGCAUCAAGGACUGGCGGAGCAUGCUAGCGUCCCCUGCCGCCUCCAAGGCCUGGCAAUGGGAACCUCUUUCCGGCGAUGCGUCAGUCAAGACAGUCUGCUGCGUCAAUUUCUCCUCUGGCACGACCGGCCUGCCGAAAGGCGUCAUGAUCUCCCACCACAACCUCAUCGCCAACUCAACCCAAUCUAUCUACAAUAAAUACUCCGGUACGCCCUAUUCCAUCAACAAGCCAGACCCCAACGAGCGCUGGCUCGCCAUGCUGCCGCUCUACCACGCCUACUCCCAGCUCUGGACGAUCAACAUUGCCACCAAACUCAACGUCACAUGCUACUUAAUGGGCAAGUUCGUCUUCGAGGACUACCUACGGUAUAUCGAGAAGUACAAGAUCACGCAUAUGCAGACUGUGCCACCUGUGAUCGUCCAGAUCAGCAAGCGUACUGAGCUGACUAAGAAGUACGACCUUACCUCAGUGAAACAUAUCAUGUGUGGCGCCGCGCCACUGAAGAGCGAGAUGCAGAACGAUGUCAAACGCAAGCUUGGGUGCGUGAUAGCGCAGGGCUGGGGUAUGACUGAGACGACCUGUGUUGGGAUGAUCGUCCCGGGAAUGGUCUACGACGACACCGGUAGCAUUGGAUAUUUGAUUCCGAACACGGAAGCGAAGCUCAUCGACGAGGAGGGGAAGGAAGUCACAGGUGAUGGCGCUAGAGGAGAGCUGCUGCUCAGGGGUCCACAGAUCAUGAUCGGCUACUGGCGGAAUGCGCAAGCGACGAAGGAUUCAAUUGAUGCCCAGGGGUGGUUCCGAUCAGGGGACGUAGCUCUUCUCGAGGACGGCAAGCAGGGCCAGAAGUGGUGGAUCGUGGACCGGAUGAAGGAACUGAUCAAGGUCAAGGGUCUCCAGGUAGCGCCGGCAGAGCUGGAGGGUGUGCUGACAGAGCACCCGGACAUUGCUGAUGCGGCUGUGUGUGGUAUCUCGGUAGACGACGAUGAGGCGCCUCGUGGGUAUGUUGUACUGCAGAGUGGUGCGAAGGUGUCGGAAGAAGAUAUACAGAAGUUUGUGGCGGACAAGGUCGCGAGGCAUAAGCGGUUGACAGGAGGCGUGAAAUUUGUCGAUGAGGUGCCGAAGAACCCGUCAGGCAAGAUAAUGCGCAAGAUCAUGAGGGAGUGGGCGAAGAGGGAUGCUGCAGAGGUUUCUGACAAGCUCAAAGCCAGGAUAUAA